GAAGUUUGGGGAGUUGGCAUCAGUCAAGAAAUAGUCCUUACUGCGACACCAGCUGUCUGUGAAUACUCUGAUACUUUGAUCAUCAUUACAGUUGAAAGCAUUUCACAAACUUCUUCUGAAACUUAAAAAUUUAGGAUCUGUGUCAUCCUUAUUAAGGAUACAUCAGCUAUUUCUGCAUUUCACAAAGAUUCAACUCUUCUAUAUAGCAAUGGCUUUCACUCGUUUCGCUGUCCUGAUGGCCCUCGUCGCCACAUCUUACGCACAGUACGUCGACGUAGACAGUUUUAACAUCGACAGUCCAUCCGUGAUCUACGACGGCGAAGUGUUCACCGUCCAGUUCGACCUCACCUUCACACCGACCGACGGAGCUGCCUCGAUCAUCGAAGGCUCCCACGGAUCCACCCGUUUCAUGCCCGUCUUUACCCUCUCUGAAGAUGGCUCAACGUUAGAUCUUGAUGCUUAUGCAACCGUCGAGCUCACCUCAGCCCAACAGACUACGAGCCUCACCGACGAUGACUCCGUGACGUGGAACAAUCUUCAGACCUCCCUCAAUCUGACCGACAUCGAAUGCGGCAAUGGAACCGUGUACCAGUAUGCCUGCGUCUCCCUCAUGCCAUACACCGGAGUGACCUGGUCCGGCGUUGACACCUCUAACAGUUCCAUGUGUACCAGCUUCGUCUGUAAAGCUGUUGCCGACGUGACUCUAUCUGAAUUGGAAAUCACUAACCCUGAUGAUAACAUUGUCCGUAUCGGUGGCGGUCAAGCCCUCGAAUUCGACAUCACUCUCUCAAACCCAUCAUCAAGCGACAAAGUCGUCGGCAGCAACAACUGGUUGGUGAGCCUCUACCUGUCUGACGCCGAGACGAGCGGCACUGCAGUCGCUACUGAGACCAUCACACUCUCCUCCGCUCAGAGAACCACCGAUCUCGCCCCCGGCUCUACUGUGGAAUUCGAGGAUCUCGCCGUUACUCUUACCCUUGACAGCGUCACCUGUGACGACUUCGGCUACGCCUGCGCCAGCGUAGCACCUGCGUCAGCUUCCUACUGGACCCGCCCUGCCUCCCCAAGUGACAACUACAUCUGUAUUUCCGUCACAUGCGGAGCAGCAGCUAUCAAGACAAGUCUAAUCGUCAUGCUUCUUACCGUCGUAGCCAGUCUCUUAUUCAACCAUUAAUUAAAUAUAACAUCAUAGAACAAUAACUCUUUUAAAACUAUAAAGAAAUUCUUUCGAGCCGGCAACUUGCUUUGAACGUUGGACCGGCUGAAGAUGUCGGAGCAGCUCCAAUAAGCGGUUACUUUGGUGAUUGACGAGUCAUUCACUUCCUCGGUAACAUUUAUAGAUGAUAAUGAUUAUAUGUGUUUGGUAAUUAAAUAAUUGUUUGCCAAAUGCAACUAGAUAGCUGUCAAUUUGGAAAGAUGUACGGAUUUUCUUUAUCCCGUCCACUCUCGAGACAUGUACAGAAAGUUGGUUAGAAAGAUAUACAUUGAUCGUUUAUUCGAGAUGAACCAAAACAUAUAUAGGUGGUUGAUUGUUUUAUCUUCACCAUUUCAAUUAACAUUUCAUACAUUUUUCGAGAGUACAUCAUAGUGCUUGGUUGAUUGUACAUAAUAUAUGCAUGUUUUUCCAAACCGCAAUUUUCUUGUACAAAUGGAUACAUUAAAAUUAUGAGAAAUAUAAUAGUUCCGGCAAAAAAAAAAUAUCGGACAGCUGGGUACUGUAGGUAAAGAGAAAAUGUAUUCAUUAUGAUGUCACUCUCAACAUGAAUAUAUAUAUAUAUUUUUCUGUGAAAGAGAUCGUUUGAAUAAACUCAACAGUAUGUUUGGUGCAUGAUCUUUGGAAGUAUUUAUGAGUAAACUUACGGUUUAGGACAUCACUCUGCGAUGCGAUAAUUCGGCGCGCCAUUUAUGUGACUGAACAUCUUUCACAUUGUAAUAGAAUAAUUGAUAUCAAAGAGCGAUAUUCUGCUGAAGUUUUACUAAUAAAUCUAGUAAAGGUUUUUAACCUUCCAAAACGAUAUCGAGCAAAAACUGUACUUGUUUUUAGAUCUCAGAAAAUGAAAUUUCUAUACGUGUUGCUAAGGUUGCUACUUGCCGAGACGUUUAGAAGUUUGUCAUCCAGACACCUUGAUAUAUUAUAACGAUGUAUAUUUCAAUUUUCCUUCUGUAGCGCUACGUGUAUUCUUUCAUUCCUUUUGAUUAUGUUGAUAUGUUUUGUACUUACCUCAAAUGCGUUGAUAUUUUUGUAAAUGAAAGUUGUGGUGCGCACCCUAAUCUAUUUUGCUAUGUCAUGUCGCAAUAUUUAUUUAUGCAUGAAAUCUCUGCUUAGUAAAUAAAGUGGCCACUUUGUUUCUUUGAAAAGUA